AUAAAAUCAAGAAAGGAAAUAUAGGAGAGACAGCCUGAGAGUCGGACGCGGGGAAUCAAUCUCUGUUCUCUGACCGCCAAUUGACUCCUUCCCAGGAAAACAAAAUUCCCCCUCUAUUCUCUCUCUCCCCAAUUUCCAUUUUCCGUUCUUCUUUCUGUUUUCCUCCUCCGGGAGAAAGAAAGAAGACGACCACGGUGAUAAAACCCAGAAAUUAUACUCACGGAGGACGAUGCAGCGUUCAAGAUCCGCCAGGCCCACCACCAUUCACAGCUGCGCUCAGGCUGGCGAUCUUGUUGCCUUCCAGAGGCUACUCCGCGACAGCCCUUCUCUUCUUAAUGAGAGAAAUGCCGUUAUGUCACAAACACCGCUUCAUGUUUCUGCUGGUUAUAAUAGGGCUGAUAUGGUUAAACUUUUGCUUGAUUGGCAAGGACCAGAAAAGGUUGAGUUGGAAGCCAAGAAUAUGUAUGGAGAAACUCCACUGCAUAUGGCAGCCAAGAAUGGGUGCAAUGAAGCGGCACGGUUACUUCUUGCUCAUGGUGCUUUUAUUGAAGCCAAAGCUAAUAAUGGAAUGACACCAUUGCAUCUUGCUGUUUGGGACUCAAUUCGAUCUGAUGACUACUCAGUGGUCAAGACACUACUUGAGUACAAUGCUGAUUGCAGUGCUGAGGACAAUGAGGGCAUGACUCCUUUAAAUCAUCUCUCGAAAGGCCCUGGCAGUGAAAAGUUGCGUGAACUAUUACACUGGCACCUUGAAGAGCAGAGAAAGAGAAGAGCACUUGAAGCAUGUGGUGAAACAAAAGCUAAAAUGGAUGAGCUUGAAAAUGAAUUGUCAAAUAUUGUGGGGUUGCAUGAGCUCAAGAUUCAACUUCGAAAAUGGGCAAAGGGGAUGUUCUUGGAUGAAAGGCGCAAGGCCCUUGGGCUAAAAGUUGGCGCUAGAAGGCCUCCUCAUAUGGCAUUUCUUGGAAAUCCUGGAACAGGUAAGACUAUGGUAGCCCGGAUACUCGGAAGAUUACUCUAUAUGGUUGGAAUUCUACCUACUGACAGGGUAACUGAAGUACAGCGUACAGAUUUGGUUGGUGAAUUUGUUGGUCAUACGGGACCGAAGACUAGGAGAAAGAUCAAAGAAGCUGAGGGAGGAAUUCUAUUUGUUGAUGAAGCAUAUCGAUUAAUUCCCAUGCAAAAAUCAGAUGAUAAGGACUAUGGAUUAGAAGCAUUAGAAGAGAUCAUGUCAGUUAUGGACAGUGGAAAGAUUGUAGUUAUAUUUGCUGGAUAUAGUGAGCCAAUGAAGCGUGUAAUUGCUUCUAAUGAAGGGUUCUGCCGAAGGGUGACAAAAUUUUUUCAUUUUAGCGACUUCAGUUCUGAAGAACUGGCCAAGAUCCUGCACAUCAAGAUGAAUAAUCAAUCAGAAGAGAGUUUAUUGUAUGGAUUCAAAUUGCACGAUUCAUGCAGUAUAAAUGCAAUUGCCAAACUCAUAGAGCAGGAGACAACAGAAAAGCAACGAAAGGAAAUGAAUGGAGGUUUAGUGGAUCCCAUGCUGGUUAAUGCUCGGGAGAAUCUCGAUCUUAGGCUCAGUUUUGACUGCAUAGACACAGAUCAACUGUGUACUAUCACCUUAGAGGAUUUAGAAGCGGGGAUUCAGCUUCUGUCUCAGUAAUGCAGUCUGUGCAGACUUUGAACCAUGGUUACAAUUCUUGGAGCGGAUUGGUGGGACUCAAUGGAUUCAAAGCAGGUCUAUUUUCUGAGGUCUAUAUGUCUUUUCAUUUCUAUAUAAUAUUGGUUCCAACUGUCGCUGAAAUCUCAGAAGCUAGUCCACAGAUUCCAGCGUUUGGCAUUCAUGGUGGCUUAUUCUUUUAUAAUUUGUGGAAAUUGAUAAGCUCACAAUUUCCAUUCAUUCUAGAGAGGCUCUUGUUUUUCCCUUCUGGUUCUAUAUAUAUUGUAUUCAUUUAUUUAUUUCUACUUAGUAAUAAAUUGCCUUUUCUGGC